AUGAAUAAUUUAGUAUUCUACCAAACGGACAUCAAACCGACGACUGUCAUUUCGACACCAUUGCAUCAUCCUGUUCCUUCAUCAUUCAAUUAUCAACCACAAACUGAUCCGUCCGUUUUCAAUGUUCAUGAUUUUAAAACAACAGUUCCACCAUCUUUAUUGAUUGCUAGUCAAAAACGAAAAAUAUUUGAUUCAGAUGGUGAAUCACCGUCACGGUUAAGUCUAAGUGAUAGUAGUGUAAUGAGCACUGAUUCAUUCUCAACACAAUCACAACGAAGUUCAAUUGAUUCCAUUCUCAAACAAUCAUUGACAACAACUACAACAACAGAUGAGGAUGAUGGAAACAUUGAUGAACAAGAAGCAGUAAUUAUACAUAAACGAAAACUACAUACAAAAGUUGAAGCACAACGUCGUCAAUUAGAAAAAUCUCGUUUUCUCGAAUUACAUUCAAUAUUAUGCGAACCGACAAAUUCUGGAGCCAGAUAUCAUCAUUUAGAUUUAUUACAAAUUGCUGGUGAGAAAAUAAAUGAUCUAAACAUGCGAAAUAUUGAUAAUCCGAUAAGAGAUUCAAAUUUAACUGCAAAAGAAGCGAAAUAUUUAUCAAUUGAAGCCAAUAAUUCAUUUAUUUUUGUUCAAUUAAAAGAAAUGAAUAAUCAGUUUGAUAAUAUUCUUUAUGUUAGCGAAUCAGUUAGACGUGUAUUAAAUAUGACGCCGGAUCAAUUUAUCAAUGAAAAACUUUACAAUAUUAUUCAUCCAGAUGAUAUCGAAAGGAUAAAAAGUGAGUUAAAUCCAUUAAAAUUUAAUUUUACACCAGGUAUCAAAUGUCAUUUGAAAUGUAAAAUGCAAAUUUCACCAAAGAAAGCUGAAUACAUAACAGUCACAAUCGAUGGUAUAACGAAAUAUGUUAAAGAAAGUUCAUUAUUCUCAUCUACUGAUUCAUCAUCAUCAUCUGUGUUUGUCUUUGUUGGUAUUGUUCAUUUACCGCUCGUCUUUAAACUUGCAGAAAAAAAUCGUUUGGAAAAUAUUGAGACACUCCGUUUUCGAUGUCGUUGUUCAGCAAAUGAUUGGAAAAUAUUUUCAAUUGAUAGAUCCUAUUCAAAUUGCAUUGUUGAUAAUAGUACUGAUGAUAAUCAGAUAAUAGGAAAAUGUAUACUUAAUUUUAUUUAUAAUAAAGAACAAAUUCAAAAAUUCUUUGAACAAAUAUUCGACAGAAAUCGAAUUGCUGGUGAACAACAACAAAAAUGUCAAUUAAAAUGCAAUAAAUAUUUAAUAUUAAUGGAUUUAAGUGUUACACCAUUUUAUAAUCCCAUUACAUAUCAACCCGAUUUUUUUGAGUGUACAUUUGACAGUUGUCCAUCGGAUACGACUUUAAAUCAAACGGCUGAACAAAGUUUAAAUGAUAAUUUGGCAUUUAAUUUUGAUUGUUUAGAACAGAAUAGUUUGAUUAGUCUAUUUCAUCAACCAGAAGACUACAACGGAGACAGUGAUAUUUUUAUCGAAUGGCUAUGUAGUCCUGUUAUAAAUGCUUGUUAA